AUGCGUUCCACCAUCAUCAUCACCGCCUUCAUCGCCUCGGCCCUCGCCGACUACACCGGCAGCGACGGCACCCCCGAGGAAUGCGCCGUCAAGUGCACCACCGCCCACGACGCAUGCCUCGUCAAGCCCGACGCCAACAGGGCCGAAUGCGCCUCCGAGUACGCCGCCUGCCUGGGCUACAACCCGUAUGAAGGCACAUUCGUCAAUCCCACGGCGUGCUCCAAGACGACGACGGCGACGACGGCUGCUCCCACGCAGACAAAGACGCCGGAGGACGAGUGCAAGUGCUACGACGAGUACAACAUGUGUCGUAGCGCCCCUGGAGCAAACAUGUCGUACUGUGCGUCUCAGUAUGCAGGAUGUUUGGGAUACAAUCCUUUUGAUGGGCAGCAUGACCCGGAGGAGAUUGAGAAGAAGUGCAGCAAGCCCAUCGUCACUCCCACUCCCACUCCUACACCUCCUCCUAAACCAGACUGCCGUCACAUCAAGGAGUGUGGCGAAGAGCGCGACAAGUGCAGAGGCAAGCCCGAUGCCAACCAGGCAGAGUGCGCGUCCGAGUACGCGGGAUGCCUCGGCUUCAACCCCUUUACCGCUGAGGGAGAGCAGACCAUCAAGAAGUGCGAGGAGGAUCACGAUCACGAUCACAAGCCUCCUCACAACGGGACUGCGCCUCCCGUUCACCCUACGAGUACGCUAACACCCGUCAUUUCUGGCGGCUCUGGCGUGAGGCCGCUCGAGCUGUUUAGCUUGUUGGCUGCCGGUGUUGCUGCGUUCUUGUAA